AUGCUUAAAUGGUCCAAAGAUAAAAAGGAUGAACAACCCACAGACUGGCCUAAAUAUGCUGAAAAUUUAGAACACUGUGUUGAAGAUGUACGACGUGUUGCAAGCGAUGUACACAGAGGUUUAGUGCAAAAUGUUCUCGUUAGUAAAAAAAAUAAAAAGUAUCCUGAAUAUAUAUUGUCAAAUGUUUUAAAAGAAUCCGUCGAUAAACCCAAUACAGACGAUCAACUUUUUGUAUGUGUUACUCGUGAAGCUAGUAAAGCUUUAUCAAUUCUAUCUGCACAUCAUCGAGAUCAUGAGAAUAAAGUAGAACGUCAAAUUGUUGAACCAUUAAAUCGUCUAACUGAAGAAACAUGUGUUAACAUUGCAAAAGGUCGGCGUAAUUUACAAAAAUGUUUGGUAGAUGUUCGUAAUGCACGUGGACAAUUACAAAAAACUAUGCAAUGUAUUCAAACUAAUUCAAAUUUAAGUUAUUCCGGUUCUAGUAAUCCAUCUGUAACAAUUGAUGCUGUCAAUCGAAUUAGUCAAGCUCAACAUCAAUUAGAAGAGAAAGACAGUGAAUUAGAAUCUUCAAAAGAACAAUUACUUCGUGAUUUGUAUUCAUUCGCCGCUGAAGAAGAAAAUUAUUCACGCCUUAUACUUGAUUACUUUCAAUUGCAAGAAAGUUAUUUAUCGGAUAGUUUGCAGUCAGUUCAAAAAGCGAUUUCUGAUAUAUCUCAAAUUAUCAGACAUAAGAAACGUCUUACUACAUUUGGCCGCCAUCUACCUGAUCAUUUAGCCGAAACUAAUCGGUCUAUCGCUUAUGUCCUAGAUGUAUGUAUUCGUUACUUAGAUCAAGAAUUUAUCAUGAAAGAAGAGGGUCUUUUUCGAAAGUCUGGAUCUCAAAAACGAACAGAUCUGUUAGUGAAAGCUUUGAAUAUCAUGCAAAUUGACGAAAAUUUACUUAGAAAAUGUGAUUGUGCUGUUGUUGCCGGUGCUUUAAAACAAUAUUUGCUUAGUCUGCCUGAACCAUUAAUCACUUAUAAAUUUGCUGAUCAAUGGGCUGCUGCUUCUAAAAAACCGAAUUCAGCAUCAGCUAAUCUACAGUUAAUUCGUAGUUGUCUUGAACAAAUGCCAAAAGAAUUUCGUUUGAAUUUAGGCUAUUUAAUUUGUUUCUUGCACAAAUUGUCUAAUCAAUCAAAUACGAAUAAAAUGACGUCAGAUAAUUUAUCAAUAGUGAUUGCACCAAACGUGUAUAGACUUUCGGCCAAUGCUAUAAAUGCUGGCAAUAAUAUUGUCAAUGAUAGUUCAGUACGAACAAUGGAAGAUGUAGGAAAAUCUUUAGAUUUUCUACAAAAUAAUGGUCCUGGGAUUCAUUUAGUAGAUACUCUUAUUCAAAAUGCCGAACAGUUAUUUGGUCAAGAACAAGCUUCAUUUCAUCCAACGCAUAUUCCAUCUCACUUGGGAUUGAAGGUUCCUUCACCGCGUCCAUCUACCCCAGGUUCUCUACCUUCAGUGAAAUCAUCAAAUUCCGGCACUGGUGUUCCUCAUGGAUUGGAUAGUGGUAGUAGUAGUAGUAGCAUUAGUACGACUACUACUACUACUGCUACUACAUCGAGCGAACAAUCAUCACUGAAUGUUAAUCAGUUAACUUCGUCUAGAAAAUCUGUUGGUACUGAUCGUGACCCUAGUGUUACUACUGCUUAUCAUUCAACUCAGUCGGCUAUAACUUCCAGGAUGUCAAAUUUAAAUACUACUCCUGUACUACAACGAAAGAAAAAUACUGCACCGAAACCACCAGUUCAGUUAUAUGCAACUAAUUGUUCCACAGGUCAUUUAAAAAAUAAUAAUCAUAAUAACAAUCCUGAGAAAUUAGGCAAUCCUUUUGAUAAUGAUACAGAAAGCAAAAAUGAUAGUGAUAACAAUAAUAAUGACAAUGCUUCCGAAGUAUCAAUUCAUCAUUCACAUCAUGAAAGUCUUCCAGAACUCACGAUAAAUUCAUCUGUUAGCUGCACAGAAUCAACAAGUAUCGAUCAUAGUCAUAAAUUGUCACUACCAUCACCAGUUAUCACAACGUCAACUACGACUGAUUCGAAACUAGGUAAAGAUACACCGCCUAGACGACCUCCACCACCGGAUGUUAAUACGAAGUCGAACAGUUCUGCGCUAGAAUUGAACACAGAUAAUGUAACUGUUAUGUAG